GUGACGUAGAUGUGGCAGAUAUCAGCGCCAAUAUGAAAUAUUACGUUUAAUCGACAUGUUAUUUGUACAGAUCAUUCAAUGCUUUUGCUGUGUUUUGUUUUGUUAUGUACUAUGUGUAACGGGCACAUUCAAGCAGUUCGAUGACACCAUAUUAUAUCGCCCUGUUUGGCCUGGGCCUUUCCAGGAGCGUGUAAACCAGUUGCACGUUAGCGGUGAUCUGGACCCAGAUAAAAUAGUGCUUAUUUCCACACCAGACAACGAGAAAUACCAUUGUAUCAUACCAGAGGUACCUGAAAAAAAAGAUGAUGAGAAAGAUAAUGUUGGUCACACGAGCUAUGAAGGAAAGACACUUGCUGAGAUGAUGGAAGAAUUGAUAAUUGCAAAUGCAUGCUCUUACAGGCUGGAACAGUAUUGGACAUAUGAGCUUUGUCAUGGUUUAUAUUUACGGCAAUAUCAUGAAGAAAAAGAAGAUGGCAAGAAAACACACCUGCAGGAGUACAUCUUGGGUAGAUUUUCUGAUAAGAAGUAUAAAGACUUGUUUCCAGAGAUGGAAAAGCCCAAGUCGAGGAAGAUAUUAAAGGCUGAAACAAAAUAUCUGUUUAUGAACAUGACAGACGGCACUAAAUGUGAUCUAACAGACAAGUUAAGAACUACGCUUGUCUACUAUAUAUGCAAAGAGAAAGGUAGGAAUGAAAUUGCUCAUUUUAAGGAAACCUCCACAUGUGAAUACGAAGUUGUCAUUGCCACAUCUUUUCUCUGCGAACAUCCUUACUUCAGGAAGGCAAAGGAUCCAGUGCACGAAAUAGAGUGCCUAGCCAUGGAGAACAGUCCAGUAAUACCAAAAAGUCUGAAACUGCAGAAUGAAAUGGCAGCAAAAUCAACUUCACAGUACAAUAAACAGACUUCGUUGCCCAGGAUGCAUGGGAAAUCACAGGUUGUCGAGGUGGCUCCUCAAAUUCAUACAAUUCCCACUGAUCAGGAUCUCAUCCGGAAUUUCCUCAGUGGGGCACACUGCCUCACAGGAGGACGGGGUUGGUGGAAGUACGAAUUUUGCUAUGGCAAACAUGUCUACCAAUUUCACCAAGACAAAAAUCAGGAUAGAACUAACAUUCUACUAGGGACAUGGAACAUGGAGAGCCACGUUAAUUGGCUAGAUGCUUUUCCCCAGAAGAAGAUAGUGUCGGGUACAAAACCAAAAUAUGUUUCCCAUUAUUUCUCAAGUGGUGACAUCUGUGAUAUUAGUGGCAAAGCCAGAGCAGUGGAAGUCAAGCUAAAGUGCAAAGAUACAGUCUCUCAGUCUCCAGAUUACGUUAGCCUUUAUCUGCUGGAACCACGGCCAUGCGAAUAUAUUCUUGGGGUGGAAUCACCUAUCAUUUGCCCUCUCUUGGAAAAAGCAGACAACUAUGGUAUUUUUCCCAUCGAUUCAGAGGAGUAAGCAUGUCUCGUUGAGUGGGCUGUGCAUAGCAUUUGCCAAAUGAUCGAUUAUUGGGUUGAAGCUCCGAAGAAUGACACAGUGAGUCUAUUAUGCAAUUGAUUUACAUUUAUACACGAACAUUCAUGUAUGUAUAUAGACAUGAUUGAAUAAAUUUCCACUGAGGACUUGCCAUUGCCUAAAAUAGCA